AAAAAAGUGUGAGUUACCUAAAUUACAAGCAAGUCAAAAUAAACAGAGAAUUUGAUGAACAAAGAAGCUGUCAUUCUUUUCUAAACUAUAUCUAAUGGUUCUGUUUCUCUCCAUCAUCAUAUUCUGAGGAUUCUCAGAGGGAAAGAUGGAUCAGAACUGAAGAAAUCUGAGAGCUGUGUGUGUGUUGGAAACCAUUAAAUAUUGAAGUAAGCAUGUGAGAACAUGAACAUGAAGUGAUAGCGUGAAGUAAGGAGAUAGGUUUAAGUCCUAAGUACAUCCUAAAACAGCACACUGCUUGAAUUAUCAAGAUGCUGUCUCUGCCACUUCUUCUCAUGCUCUUCUUCCUCCACAUGCCUUAAUUUCACACACACUUAAACUCUGUAUAAAUGCAGAGAAAAUAAGGCUUAAAGCCACUGGACCCUCUCUCUCUCUGUCUGUUGAGCUCUGUGUUUUCACUGUUGCAAAAAUGACAGUGAAGACUUCUUUCGUGCUCUCUCUCUACUUCCUCUACACUGUUUCUGGCCUUGCAUCGCCAUCAGCUUCUUUCCAAGGGCUCCUUCCCAAUGGCAACUUUGAAGAAAAACCAAAGUCCACAGGCAUCAAGAAAACAGUGCUUGAAGGCAGAUACGCGCUGCCCAAAUGGGAAAUUAAUGGACUGGUGGAGUACAUCUCCGGCGGCCCACAGCCUGGCGGAAUGUACUUCCCUGUCGCCCAAGGCAUCCACGCCGUCCGUCUCGGCAACGAGGCCUCCAUCUCCCAAACAAUCCCAGUCAAAAAUGGCUCACUGUAUGCACUCACAUUCAGUGCAUCAAGAACCUGUGCACAAGAUGAGGUGCUGAGGGUGUCUGUGCCCCCCCAGACGGGAGACCUCCCCCUGCAGACUCUGUAUUGCAGCAAUGGCGGCGACACUUACGCUUGGGGAUUCAGGGCUAAGUCCAAUUCAGUUAAGGUGAUUUUUCACAAUCCAGGAGUGCAAGAGGAUCCUGCCUGUGGCCCUCUUCUGGAUGCUGUUGCCAUCAAAGAACUUAAGCCCCCAAGGCCUACCAAAGAGAACCUGGUCAAGAAUGCUGGAUUUGAAGAGGGUCCUCAUCACUUGUUCAACUCUUCUAACGGAGUCCUCCUUCCUCCCAGACAGCAAGACUUAACAUCCCCACUACCUGGCUGGAUGAUUGAAUCACUCAAAGCUGUAAAGUUCAUAGACUCAACAUAUUAUAACAUCCCCUUUGGAAAAUCUGCAGUAGAACUUGUUGCAGGACGGGAGAGCGCCAUUGCACAAGUCAUCAGAACUAUCCCAAACAAGGUCUACAAUCUUAAGUUCGUCGUUGGAGAUGCAAAAAAUGGCUGUCAUGGAUCUAUGAUGGUCGAAGCAUUUGCUGCAAAAGCAAGCAUCAAAGCUCCCUUCAAAUCUGAAGGAAAAGGAAAGUUCCAGGCUUUCAGUUUCCAGUUCACAGCAACGUCGUACAGAACCAGAAUAACUUUCUUAAGCUCGUUUUAUCACACAAGGAUCGAUGACUCUGGAAGCCUUUGUGGUCCUGUACUUGAUCAAGUCCAGGUGUUCCCUGCUGCUAAUAAGUGAUCUAUCUGGAUCAGGUCGCUCCAUGCUCAUGAGUUAAUGCAUGUAAUAGAGUUCUAGCAACGGCAACUCAAACAUCCUCAUGAGCUAAUAUCUCUUCUUAGUUCUUCAGUUGAUAUACCAUGCUUGAAAUAGUUAAUGGAACAGAAUAAUUUGAUCAUUCCAAUUCAAUGAAAUAAAGACAGUCAAUCUUAAAAUGAUAGGAGAAAAGCUAAGUUGGAUAGAGUUGAUAUUAUAAGGAAUGUGACGCUACUUGUGUUUGUUUUAUGUUCUACAGGCGCUGCCUUCUCAAAUUCUAUUGCCACAGCCAACGAAAACAUAAUACUGCCAAGAUAUUAUGGCUUUUGAAUAACUUUCUGCUUAUUUUGAUGUUAUCAAUAAAACAUAUACAUAUACCAUACUGAUUUUCUUGCAUCUGGCAUCUGCUUGAUGUCUGUAGACAAUAGUGGUGUGUCCCAAUAAUUGCAUCUCCAUUCUUCAUAAAACUGGAUAUCUUUACUG